AUGGCCUCAAAAGCAACGAUUCUUAGAGGUAACACCUGUUCGGUAUGUCAGGCUGUUCUCUGUCCUGAACCUGGCUACAAUUUUGGACCUGAUCCAAAGUUAUCAUACACUACCCCAGCCGGCCAAACCCUUGUCGCCUUUCGAAAUGCUUCUCAGGAAGAUUGCGUUAUUUGCUCAACUAUCUUCAACAUGUCUGAGCAGCAUCGAUUGGCAUGGUCGGAUACCUCGUCGAAAUACUGGCAGCCAUUGCAAUAUCGCGUACAAAAAUAUGCAGGCGAGGAGGCGUGCAAUAUGGAAUCUGAUACAUCGUCUGCAACCACAUUAGCAACAGCAAAGGAAUGGUUUCUUCACUGUCAUUCUGAGCACAAACUAUGCCACAAGCUAUCAACUUUUGACUCGGCCAGGCUUCCUACUCGGCUUAUUGAUAUCGGGCACGACGGAGAUACUAAUUGGUUUCUCCGCAUUAUGCAGGAACAAAGUAGUUUGUCAACACGCUUAUCUUAUAUGACACUCAGUUACCGCUGGGGAUCUGAUGCGAAUUUCACGCUUCUUUCUUCAAAUAUAGCACAAUUUGAGCAAGGCGCACCAAUCUGCGACCUUCCUCAACUGUUCAGAGAUUUUAUAACGGUAGCUCGGACUUUUCGCAUCAGAUAUGUCUGGAUUGAUGCCCUGUGCAUCAUACAAGACUCGAUCGAUGAUUGGGAGGCUGAAGCACCAAAUAUGAGACACGUCUACGCAAACUCCGCAUGCAAUAUCGCGGCGUCGGUUUCCAAAAGCCCAGAAGAAAGCAUGUUCCGUUCCAGGGAGCCCGACAAAAUUCGACCUCGUAUGGUUUGGAGUUCUUUAUCCUCUGAUCGACCAUCCUUCCACUAUAUCUUUGAGAAGAGAUACUGGGAUAGACAAAUUUCCAACGGACCCUUACAUAAACGAGGGUGGGUAUUUCAAGAAAGGUUCCUGGCUCCUCGAGUACUUUAUUUUGGAGAAGACCAAAUUCUGUGGGAAUGCCUCAGUGAACAUAAGUGCGAAUGUUUCCCUUGUGGUAUUCCAGCUCAUUCAUCGGACAAAAACAUGGAUGCGCUUUUUGAUUAUAUGCCCACGAUGGAUGGCGUAGAUCCACAGAGCCGAGAGCCCAUGUCACUGGAAGGAUUCAACUUGUGGAAUGAUCUUGUUCAAAGAUACUCUUGCUGUGACUUGACAAACCCUUCGGACAAAAUGAUUGCUAUAGCCGGCAUCGCCGAACUUUUUCAGGAUAUCACUGGUGACGAAUAUGUAGCCGGCUGGUGGAAAUCACGCCUUCUUGAAUCACUGGAUUGGCGUGUCUUUGAGCCCCAGGAACGGCGGAGUGCGUGCUAUAGAGCACCAUCCUGGUCCUGGGGUUCAGUUGAUGGACCGGUCACACCGUCUGGUUUAUCUGCUUCUGCCGAAUUCCUUGUCAGUAUCGUGGACUUUCAUGUGGCCACAGGAAGCUCAGGUACUACAGACAAUGUCUUGAAGGGGUACCUCGAGCUCAGGGGCACUGUUCUCGUAGGGGUCUGCCGCAAUCUCAGCAAUGGAAAUCGCGCUAUAGAUAUUGAGGGUCGGCAGCUUCCUGUCUGGAUUUACCCAGAUUCUUCGGACACUCAAUUUCAGGAGGGCAAGAAGGUCAUCUGUAUUCCAUUGAAAAAAGACUCCUCAUGGGACGCUAGUGGCGAGGCAAGAUCCCACAUCACUUUCAUUUUAGCCGAGGAAGUAGAUCAGCAACAAAAUUCCAGUAUUGUCUAUCGACGUCUUGGAAUCUUCACUCUCAAUACGCAAGAAGAUGUGGAAUAUAUCUGCGCAAUUUGCGAUACAAAGGCUAUCGUUAUGAUAUAA